AUGUUAACCCUGGUAGGUGCUGGUCAGCAGCACAUUGCCACCAGCAACUUGGAUCAGCAACACCACAGUGCCACCAGCAGCUUGGACCAGCAGCAGUUCAGUGAUUCCUACUUCCACCAACAUACGUUCACUCUCUUUCAGUACCGUGUCGCUAGCUUGCCGCAACCACCUGCUUUCAUUCCCUUCGCCGCCUGUUUGGAUCAGGAACAGUCGCCACCAGGUACAGUGCAGCAGCAGCAUAGUGCCAACAGCAGCGUGUACCUUCAGCAGUGCAGUGCCACCAGCACGGUGCACCCGCAGCAGUAUUCACUGCCGGAUCCUGUUCCCUUGCUCCAAGUCAUAACGGUGUACCCGAACCAGAGUGUGGAAGAAGCCGGAAGAGCAGCAACAGUGGCUAACCUCCCACACAGUGCAGCAGCACCACCAGCACCUGGAGACAGCAGCCAGCUUCCUGUUCCGCAAGCAGCCGCAGCAGCAGCAUCACUCAGUUACAAUGCUGCAACAUACGGCGGCGGAUCAGAGGAUGGCCACCUUGCUGAAGAACCUUUUGAUGUGGACGGAAAUGGUGAUGCGCAAGGUGACUUCGUUCCCAGUCCCAACCCUGGCCAGGAUGACAUGCGGUGCAGUUGGAGUACGGACCAUGUGACUCCAUGUGGCGAGCUAUUCGACAGUAUGGGUGAUUUCGUGGAGCAUGUUAACCAGCAUGUGAAUGCCAUCUCUAAUCGAAAUUUUGCCUGUCGCUGGUCCACUUGUAAGCCAAAGAAUGGCCCAUUCAAAGCAAGGUACAAACUCAUCAACCAUGUUCGCGUACAAACGGGCGAGCAGCCGUUUAUAUGCUCAGAGUGUAACAAACGCUUAGCCAGGUCAGAAAAUCGGAAAAUCCACAUUCGACUACACACCGGCGAGAGACCUUUCGAGUGCCCCUACACCCGCUGUAAGAAGAAAUUUACAACCUCCUCUGACCGCAAGAAGCAAACGGUUGUCCACACUGGCGAGCGGGGAUACGUUUGCAAACAGCCUGGCUGCGACAAAGGCUAUAUGCAUCCAAGCUCUCUACGCAAGCAUGUCUCUACAUGCCACAAGCAUGCCACCGCCCAAACCGAUCCAUAA